AAAAGUAGGAGGCCCACUUGAGCGUUCUCGCUACCCCUUUUAGGAACGGACAGAACAGGCGCACACACACAUCGCCUGCACAGUCACGCAUACAGGCACCCUGACCGCUAAGCCUCGAGUACGGAGUCAGCUUUUCCUCACUCGAUCCGCUACUUCCCCAAACAGCAAGUUCAGCGUCCCGCUUAGCUCACAACUUUUCUCAGCACAGGUGGUGUUCGUGAUGGCGCCCCUCACGCGCCUCGCUUUACUGCCGUUAGUUUCGGCCGUGCUUUUGCUUCCGGUGUCCGCAGAAGAGGCCGCGAGCAGCGGCGGCGUGAACGGCUUCAGCCUGCAUCCGCCGUAUUUCAACCUGGCCGAGGGCACCAAGAUUACUGCCACUGCCACCUGCGGAGAAGACGAGGCUGGAAAGAGCGUGCCCGACCUCUACUGCAAGCUGGUCGGCGGACCGGUUUCUGGAGACCCGGGACAGACCAUCCAGGGUCAGUACUGUGACAUCUGUCGCCAAGGCGACAGCGACCGUGCCCACCCCAUCACAAACGCCAUUGAUGGCACUGAGCGAUGGUGGCAGAGCCCGCCGCUGUCACGCAGUACGGAGUUCAACGAGGUCAAUGUCACGCUGGACCUUGGACAGCUUUUCCAUGUGGCCUACGUGCUCAUCAAGUUCGCCAACUCUCCGCGUCCAGACCUGUGGGUUCUGGAAAGGUCGGUGGACUUCGGGCAGACGUACCAGCCAUGGCAGUACUUCUCCUCCUCCAAGCGAGACUGCAUCGAGCGCUUUGGACAGCAAACCAUCGAGAGGAUCUACAACGACAACGACAUCGUUUGCACCACCGAAUAUUCCCGAAUUGUUCCUUUGGAAAAUGGAGAGAUUGUGGUGUCGCUGGUGAACGGCCGUCCUGGAGCGAUGAACUUCUCCUACUCCCCCGUGCUGCGUGACUUCACCAAGGCCACCAACAUCCGCCUGCGCUUCCUGCGCACCAACACUCUACUUGGACAUUUGAUGGGGAAAGCCUUGCGAGAUCCCACUGUCACACGCCGGUACUACUACAGUAUCAAGGACAUCAGCAUUGGUGGACGCUGUGUAUGUAACGGACACGCUGAAGCAUGUAGUGCUAAGGACCUCAACGACCCUUACAAGCUGCAGUGCGACUGUCAGCACAACACUUGCGGCGCAUCAUGCGGCCAAUGUUGCCCUGGAUACCACCAGUUGCCAUGGAAACCGGCCACCACUUUCAGCGCCAACGAGUGUGAACCAUGCAACUGUCACCGCCACUCGUUUGACUGCUUCUACGACAACGAAGUGGCUCAGCGGCAUGGCAGCCUCGACAUCCGUGGAGACUACCAUGGGGGCGGAGUCUGCCUCAACUGUCAGCAUCACACCAGCGGCAUCAACUGUGAGCGCUGUAUCCUUGGAUAUUACAGAGCGCCGGACACAACCAUUGACUCACCAUUAGCCUGCGCACUCUGUGACUGUGACUCUCUGUUCAUGGACGGGACGUGUGAGGACAUAACGGGAAGAUGCUUCUGCAAAGAAAACUACGCUGGUGACAACUGCGACCACUGUGCUGAUGGCUUUGUCAACUUCCCAGAGUGUUACCCAGCAGUUUUCCCCACGUAUCCAAGCAACAAUAAUGGUGAGGCCAAACCAGCCGGAGAGAUCAUUAAUUGUGAGUGUAGCGCGGCUGGCACUAUUGACAACUCAUGCAGACCCGAUCCUCAAAGCAGAAUAUGCUUGUGCAAGCCUGGCUUCACUGGUGACCACUGUGACAUGUGUGCACCGGGCUUCCAUGGACUCAACUGCCAGGCAUGUCAAUGUUCAGGUCCCGGUUGCCUGGAUGGUUCCUGUGACACGCUACUGGGUCACGGUGUGUGUCGCAGUGGUUUCCACGGUUACAAUUGUGACCAGUGUGCACCAGGCUACUUCAACUACCCACUCUGUCAACUGUGCGGUUGCAGUUCUGUGGGCUCGCUGCCUGAGGUGUGCGACUCAUCCGGUCGCUGUCUAUGCAAAGCUGAAUUCCAGGGUCCUCGGUGUGAACGGUGCCGAUCUGGAUUCCACUCUUACCCCAAUUGUCAAGUGUGCACGUGUGACCCUCGCACCUCAUACGAUACCAGCUGCACGGCGUCGGGACAGUGCCACUGCCGACCUAACUACAGCGGGGCUUCAUGUGACCAGUGUGCACCCGGUUACUAUGGCUACCCCAGCUGCACACCAUGCCAGUGUUCCGCAGAAGGUUCUCGCUAUAACAGCUGUGAUCAGGUGACUGGUCAGUGUGUGUGUCUGCACAACAUUCAUGGCCUACGCUGUGACAGCUGCGCUCGCGACACCUAUGGCUUUCCAAACUGUCAAGCUGGCACAUGUCAUCCUGCUGGUUCCAUUCAUUACGUCGUUCCUCCUCCUGUGGGCCAAUGUGAGUGUCGUGAUGGCGUUGACGGCGUGGCCUGUGACCGCUGUAAACCUCUGUACUGGAACUUGUCCCACAACACGCUUGAUGGUUGCACAAAGUGCAAGUGUAACAUCGCAGGAACGCUGAGCGGUGUUGCCGAGUGUGCACAGGACAGUGGUCAGUGUCACUGUAAGCCAAACAUCUGCAGCAGCACCUGCACCACAUGCAAAGAUGGCUUCUACAACCUGCAGGAGCACAGCUACUUUGGCUGCCAAGGGUGCCAGUGUGAUAUCGGUGGCUCCGAAGGUCAAUCCUGUGACGAGCGACGCGGCCGCUGUCACUGUCGACCCAACGUACAUGGACUCAAGUGCAACUUAGCCGCUGUGGAUCAUUAUUUUCCUGAUCUUCACCACCUCAAGUUUGAGGUGGAAGAGGGCACCAUGUUGGAUGGCCGGCCAGUACGCUUCGGCUACGACCCUGUGGAAUUCCCUGGCUUCAGCUGGAGGGGUUAUGCUCAAAUGUCCCCCAUCCAGUCCAAGGUGCUGGUGCCGCUGUGGGUGGGCUCUCCAGACCUCUUCCGCAUGGUUCUGCGCUACACCAACAUGGCAGGUGUAGAAGUCCAGGGUCGGAUAUCGGUGCUGGAGGAUGAUGGGAAAAACUUUUGCGGCAACUGUUCUGAGCAAUCCAAGCAGAUUGUCUUCGCUCCCACCACGGGGCCAAGUUUCGUCAACAUUCCCCAGAACAACUUUGUGGAACCUUUUGUUCUCAACCCUGGAGCUUGGACUGUGCUCAUCAAAGCUGAAGGAAUUCUGCUGGAUUUUUUGGUCCUUCUGCCCAGCGCCUACUAUGAGGCUCCCAUCCUGCAAAUGCAUAUCACAGAACCAUGCAUGUUUGGCUCUCCAACAGACACCAGCCACAAUUGCCUACAAUACACGUACUUGUCUCUGGACGCCUUCCACUCCGUGUCUGGCAUCGAUGCCAUUUGUCGCCAUGACAACCAUCUGCCACGCCUCUGCCCCACCAAAAAGGUUACUCUUCGCCAUCCUGACAUGGCCGUCUGCAGCGGCUACGACAUCAGCGUGGAGAUGCGAGCCAAAGUGAAGACCGGGGGCAUCUACGUACUGGUGGUGGAAUACGCGAACAUGGAGGAGUCGCCACAAACGCUCGCUGUCACCUUCAACUUGCCAGGAGCCCAAACACGACAACACAGUGUUACUCUUUUACGCUGUGCCUUUAGCUUCCUGUGUCGAGUGGUCUCUGUCGAUGAACACAAGCGAGUGGCACUCUUCUCUCUGCCAGGUGACACGGAGCUCCAGCUGUCUGCCGAGAGCGCAACCUUUUUCCUGCACAAAAUCUAUCUGGUUCCUCAAGCGCACUUCUCCAUGGAGUAUGUGGAUCCUAAAGUCCUUUGCAUCAGCACUCAUGGACACUUCUCCCACGACAGCUCCUCCUGCGUUCCCUCGCGCUUCCGAAUGCCGUCCAACUCGCUGGUCCUGAAGGAGGGUCAGAGCGCCAACAUGCAGGAGCCCAUCUUGGACUCCCACAACACCGCUACCCCUCUGCCUGGCCCCCAGAGGGAGCCAUCAGCCCGGUCAGCAGCAGAGCUACCGCCUCAGGCAGCUGACAAUGGUGACCUCGUCAGACUAGACUCGCUGCAGAAUGCAGCAGUGUACUCUACGCAUGUCCACACACUGGGACGCUAUGUCUUCAUCCUCCACUAUCACCAACCUCUGCACCCCACUUACCCCAUCCAGGUCUACAUCAAUGCCGGGCGUAUCUGGAAAGGCCAUGCCAAUGCCUCCUUCUGCCCACACGCAUAUGGCUGUCGAAAUGUCCUGGUGUCAGAAAACCAGAUCGUCCUUGACGUGAGUGACCACAAGCUCUUCCUCACUGUGCAGGUUCCUGUGGAUAAAACACUGUGGCUGGACUACGUGCUAGUGGUGCCUGAGUCGAGCUACAGCUCCAGCUAUCUGACUGAGGAGCCUCUGGACAAAUCCUAUGACUUCAUUAGCAGCUGCGGCCUGAACAGCUUCUACAUCAAUCCAUCCAGCGCUUCGUCCUUCUGUCUCCGCGCCGCCACGUCGCUGUCGGCCUUUGUCAACAAUGGCGCGCUGCCAUGCGCUUGUCAUGAGGUCGGCGCCGAGAGCGAUGCCUGUGAACCAUUUGGCGGCCAGUGCCGCUGCAAGCCAAACGUGAUUGGUCGAGACUGCUCCACGUGCGCCACGGGGUACUGGGGCUUCCCCGACUGCAGGCAGUGUAACUGUGGCACCAGGCUGUGCGAACCUAUGUCAGGGGAAUGCAUCUGCCCGCCACGGACCCUGCUGCCUGAGUGCACCCAGUGCGAGCCGCAGACGUUUGGCUGCCAUCCGCUGGUUGGCUGUGAGGUGUGCAACUGCUCCCAGCCCGGAAGUGUGGCGCCUGAUGUCAGCUGCGACAACCUCAGUGGACAGUGCAGAUGCAAGAACAACGUGGUGGGUCGCCAAUGUGACCGCUGCGCAUCUGGUUUCCAUGGGUAUCCAAAUUGCCAACCAUGUGACUGCAAUGAUGCAGGAACUGAGGAAGAAGUAUGCAACUCUUUCACAGGACAAUGUCUGUGCAAGGAGAACGUCCAGGGUUCUCGCUGUGACCAGUGCAGAGUUGGCACAUUCCACUUGGACCCAACCAACCCCAAAGGUUGCACCAGCUGCUUCUGCUUCCGUGCCACGGAUCGCUGCAGGAGUUCAGACAAGAGACACAGCGAGAUCAUGAACAUGGAAGGCUGGGUGCUACUCAGUGCCGACAAACAGGAAGUACCAGUCAACGUGUAUCCGGCUCAGGACUUAGUGGAGGCUGACCUUAGCGACAUUCCUGAUGUGUACCAGGACCUUCACUGGUAUGCGCCCAAGACCUACCUGGGGGACAAGGUGUCAUCUUACGGCGGUUACCUGAGAUAUCGUCUUCACACGCAGACCAUGAGAGGAGAUGUUUGGUCUCCUCCUGUUGAACCUCCAAGACCUGACAUCAUCCUCAAGGGCAACCAGAUGACAUUGGUGUUCUUGGAGCGUGAAUAUUCUUCUCCCGCAGAGCCGCAUUUGGGAAUUGUGCACAUGGUCGAGGGAAGUUUUCGGCAUGCUCAGACUGGCAACUCCGUCUCCAGAGAGGAGCUCAUGAUGGUUCUGGUGGCUUUGGAGUCCCUGCAGAUACGAGCCCUUCAUUCCCAGUCGGCCCACUCGGUGUCGCUCCGCGGCGCCGUGCUGGAGGGUGCCGAGAGUUUGCCGGCUGGUCGCCACGCUAACAAUGUGGAGCUCUGCAUGUGUCCUGCCAACUACCUGGGAGACUCCUGCCAGAAAUGUGCUCCAGGUUUCUACAGGGAUGCCAUCGGCCUCUUCCUGGGAAAAUGUGUGCCCUGCAAUUGUCACGGACAUUCGGAUCAGUGUUUGGACGGAUCGGGAAUAUGCCUGAAUUGUCAACACAACACAGCUGGCGACCAUUGUGAGAAAUGCCAGGGUGGUUUUGUCGGCAACAUCAGUGUGGUUGGGCAAGUGCAGUCAUGUUCCAGUUGUCCAUGUCCACUUACAGUGCCAUCCAACAAUUUUGCUCAAGGUUGCGUGGAGAAGAACGAGCAUAUGCAGUGCUUGUGCAUGCCCGGUUAUGCCGGGCCACACUGUGAAAGGUGCGCCCCUGGUUAUUAUGGUAACCCUAUGGUGCUGGGCAGCACAUGCCAGCCCUGCAAUUGCAACGGCAAUACAGACCCCAACAUGCUGUUCACGGACUGCCACCCACUGACGGGCGAGUGUCUGAGCUGCAUGCACAACACAACCGGGCCUCGUUGCAACGAAUGCGCUCCUGGUUACUAUGGUGAUGCCAUCUCUGCCAAAAACUGCACCCAAUGCAGUUGCUCACCAUGUGGUACCGAGUCAUGUGACCCGCACACUGGGCAGUGCCGCUGCAAACCCGGGGUGAUUGGAUCUCACUGCCACCAAUGUCAGGACGGCUCGUUUGGCUUCGAGUCAUGCGUCGGGUGCCGUCUGUGCGACUGUGGUGCUUCUGCAGCACUAGUGCAGCCUUGUGACCGUCAGAGCGGUCAGUGCAAGUGCCAACCCGGAGUCAACGGACCCAACUGUCGCCAGUGUGCUCCCGGAUUCUGGGACUAUGGCGCUGAUGGAUGCAAGGUGUGUCACUGUAGGGGCGGUCAGUGCGAUCCGCGGACCGGAGAGUGCCACUGUCGGGACGGGAUGACGGGAAAACAGUGUGAAAUCUGUUCGCAUGAACACAACGUUCCUGUCACGCACGGUCAUGACCUGCACUGCGAAGCAUGUGAUAGCUGCGUCAUCGUCCUGCUGGAUGAUCUGCACAAGAUCGACUUUGACUCCCUUGCUGCACAGCUGCACAACCUCAAUGCAAGCACCAUGGCCUGGACGCAGCUGCACAAGCUCAACACUUCGGUGGAUGCCGUUGCUCAUGCCAUCGAGAAGUACAACACCUCGUUGGAUGGCAGCCGCCAUGGCGCCAUCGUGCUGGAAGGCGAGAUUGUGAACAUAAGCACCGAUGUGGACAUGCUGCAGGACAAGACUGUUCCGAUGGCUGAGCGUCUCAGCGAGCUGACAAACAGCACCUUGAACACUCACCAGAGGGCGCACAACCUGCUGGACGAUAUCCACAUGGUGACCAUGGAUUUAAAUGACAUCAUGCGCAUGGCAAAUUGGUCGCUAAAUAACACAAAGGUAGAUCAGGACAGAGGCGAGCAGAAGAGGAAGAUGGAGGAGGUGGAGGCCAUGUUGGGCAAAAUGAGAAGCAGAAGCUGCGCGGGACAGAAGAAAAUGGUCGACCGGGAGAAGAUGUUAGCGGAUAAACUGUUGGAGCGUGUCGACAAGGACUUGGCGCGUCGCCAGGAGGACAACGUGAAUGUGGGUGAAACCGCCAAAGAGUUCCUGUCCCGCGUCCACGAUGACAUGAUGGCACUGCGGGACGCCCUGAACGAGUCAAUCAACAAGACGGCCCAAGCCACUGAGGUCAACAAUCGCAACCAGAAGAUGCUGCAGGACAGCAAGAGGAAAGUGGACGAGCUGACAUCGAAACGCAAAGAGGCAGAUGAGCAGCUGCACAUGGCGGAAGACCACGUUGCUCAAGUCAACGAGCUGCUGUCUAUGCUGCAUGACUCCACAGAGGAUUAUGAGCGUUUGGCAGCGCAGCUCGAUGGUGCCAGGACGCCAUUGUCCAAGAAAGUGCAGGAUUUCACUUGGGCCACCUCAAAGAUACCCCUGGUGGAGGAAGCUGAGCACCAUGCUGACAUGCUGCACGCCUUAUCCGCAAACCUGUCCAAGUUUGUGGAAGAAACAAAGACCGAGGGUUUGGUGGACAUGACCAAGGCCUACAACAAUAUCGUCAACAGCAUCAAAGCAGCCGAGACGGCAGCGGACGAGGCAGACGAAGACGCGAGCAAGACACUGGAGAACAUCGGUGACCAGAACCUUGGCCACAUGGCUGAGUCUCUGCGGAACCGCAGUGUGGGGCUGAAGGAGAAAGUACAAAACCUCAGCGAGGAACUCAACAAUGAGUUAAGACCUCAACUGGAAGAUGCCAAGAAGCGACUGAACGAUGCCAAAACCAAACAAAAUCAAGUGGCCACAAACUUCCAUAUGGUCCAGAACAACCUGAAAUCCUCCUCCAAUGUCAGUCAGGACAUUGACAUGGCCAAGCAAGCAGUGGAUCAGGCCAAUGCAUCGGUCUCGCAAGUCAAUGAUGUCCUUCGUCCAAUCAGAGAGCAGCUGGACAAGUGGCAGCAGACUUACGGUGAUAGCAACACCACCAACAAGGACGUCAACGAGGCUCUGACGGAGGUCAACAAGACGGUGAGCAUGCUGGGCGACACGAUCCCGCUCCUCCUGAACAAGUUGGACAAGCUACACAACCGCUCUGUGCAGUCACCAAACAUCUCAAUGAGCAUCAACCGCAUCCGACAGCUUAUCCAGCAAGCUCGCAACGCAGCUAGCAAGGUACGUGCAAUGCCAGAACAGUUGAAAUGGCUCAGACCACUGACAAGACUUUUGUCAUCUUCAUUUAAAAUAAGAAAUGUGGUGACUUCCAGACAGACUUCGACAUAG